CCAUCCUCGGGAGUCCAAAUCGUCCCGCCGGCCCCUCUUCUCCUCCUCCUCCUCCUUCGCCUCCUCCUUCUCCUUCCGCUCCGGCCAUCCCUUCCUCCCCACACCCGCACGCCCCCCACCCAGCGAUCUUCGUCCCCCGCCAGUCCCCCGGCGCCCCCGUUCCCCAACCCCAGGACCCCAGGAGCCGGACCGGCUCAACUCCCACCCACGCCCCCGACCCCCCGCCGACCCUCUCCUCCUCCUCCUCCUCCUCCCCCCUCCGCCGCGAUGCCGUCCGGUUUCCAGCAGAUCGGGACCGAGGAGGGGCAGCCCCCCAGGCAGAGGGUCACGGGGAUCCUGGUCCUUGCCGUCUUCUCGGCUGUGCUCGGCUCCCUCCAGUUUGGCUACAACAUCGGGGUGAUCAACGCACCGCAGAAGGUGAUCGAACAGAGCUACAACGAGACGUGGCUGGGUCGGCAGGGUCCCGGGGGUCCCGGCUCCAUCCCCCCGGCCACGCUGACCACGCUGUGGUCAUUGUCCGUUGCCAUCUUCUCCGUGGGUGGCAUGAUCUCUUCCUUCCUGAUUGGUAUCAUCGCCCAGUGGCUGGGCAGGAAGCGGGCGAUGUUGAUGAAUAACGCCCUGGCAGUCCUGGGCGGGGGGCUCAUGGGGCUGGCCCAGGUCGCUGCCUCCUAUGAGAUGCUCAUCCUUGGACGAUUCAUCAUCGGCGCGUACUCAGGGUUGACCUCGGGGCUGGUGCCCAUGUACGUGGGGGAGAUCGCCCCCACCCACCUGAGGGGGGCACUGGGCACGCUCAACCAGCUGGCCAUCGUCAUCGGCAUCCUCAUCGCCCAGGUGCUGGGCCUGGACUCCCUGCUGGGAACGAUGGACUUGUGGCCUCUGCUGCUGGGCUUGACCGUGCUGCCCGCUGGGCUUCAGCUGCUCCUCCUGCCCUUCUGCCCCGAGAGCCCCCGCUACCUCUACAUCAGCCGCAACCUCGAGGGCCCCGCCCGCAAGAGCCUGAAGCGUCUGACGGGCUGGGCGGACGUGUCCGGGGCCCUGGCAGAGCUGAAGGAGGAGAAGCGUCAGCUGGAGCGCGAGCAGCCCCUGAGCCUGCCCCAGCUGCUCCGCAGUCGCAUCCACCGCCAGCCCCUGCUCAUCGCCGUCGUCCUCCAGCUCAGCCAGCAGCUGUCCGGGAUCAACGCCGUCUUCUACUAUUCAACAAGUAUCUUUGAGUCGGCAGGGGUGGGGCAGCCAGCCUACGCCACCAUCGGGGCCGGCGUGGUCAACACGGCUUUCACCAUCCUCUCGGUGUUCCUGGUGGAGCGAGCUGGCCGACGGACCCUCCAUCUCCUGGGACUGGCUGGCAUGUGUGGCUGUGCCAUCCUCAUGACCGUCUCCCUGCUCCUGCUGGAGCGGGUUCCAGCCAUGAGCUACUCCUGCAUGGUGGCCAUCUUUGGCUUCGUGGCCUUCUUUGAGAUCGGUCCGGGCCCCAUCCCUUGGUUCAUCGUCGCCGAGCUCUUCAGCCAGGGGCCCCGCCCCGCCGCCAUGGCCGUCUCCAGCUUCUCCAACUGGACCUGCAACUUCAUCGUGGGCAUGAGCUUCCAGUACAUCGCGGACGCAUGCGGGCCCUACGUCUUCCUCCUGUUUGCCGUCCUCCUCCUGGGCUUCUUUCUCUUCACGUACGUGAAGGUGCCCGAGACGCGGGGGCGGACGUUUGACCAGAUCGCGGCCGGCUUCCGCCGCACACCCUCCCUGUUGGACCAGGAGGUCAAGCCCAGCACGGAGCUGGAGUACUUGGGUCCGGACGAGAACGACUGAGGAACCGCCACGGCCGUGGUGGGGGCGGCGGAGGCCGUGGGGCAGCAGCCCCUCCCCGACCCUUCCCACCCACUCCCUCCCUCUGAAGCACUUUAACCUUCUCCGCCCGAGGUCUGACGGUCCUGGACCCGGGUGGGGGGGGGGGGGGGGGGGGGGGGGGAUGUCUCCCCUCCUGCCAGUGCCCCCUCCCCAGCGUGAAGCCCGUUGGUAUUAUUUAUCUCUUGUGGUUGUGCUUUGAAUUUAACCUUAGGCCCCGGUCCGCCCCCACCAACUCACCUUCCCCCCAUCCCAAGCCCUCACCAUUUGCCCGGGCCCCUGACCCUCUACCCAAAAGAUGGGAGGUGGGUGAUGGGGAGGGGGGACGACACCGAGCCCUCUGGCCCCCCCACCCUCACUCUGGGGUUGUUCACCCAGAACAGGGGGAGUGGAGGAAGAGGGGGGAAAAGAGAUUAGGCCCUGGGCCCCCCUUCAAAUCUGAAGCCCCACUCUCUCU